CAGGAAAAUACUGAACUUCAUUCUUCCAUUGUUAGUACAAACCAAGAACUAACAAGUCUAUCAACAAAUUCAAUAACAAACCUCUCUUUAGUGCUCAAACUCAUGCCUCCUCCCAUUCCCACAUUCUCUCAACUUUAUCAGCCUCAUUAUACUAUAAUCAAAAUUCCCCUUUUCACCAUUAAAUCAAACAAUGGUAACAGCAUCAUCAGUAUCAAACCAAUUAACCCCUCUCUUCUAACCACACACUCUUUCUCUCUCACCAAUUCCUCCCUCAAACACACAACAAAAAACCUCAUUGAUUUUAAAGACAAAACAACUAGGUUUCGACUCAAAAACCUUGUCCAAAACAUCACAUCAUUAUCCUCGUCCAAAAACAAAACCGACAUACUACAACAAAUCCUAGAGAAAGAUACUGCUGAGUUUCAAAUUCAAACCAUAUCAGAUUUCAAUCACCUUCUCACGGCUCUAGUCAUUGCGAAAGAGCUAGAACUUUGUCAAACAAUCUUCACAAAGUUAUCAUCUUUUCAUCUUGUUCCAGAUUCUUGCACUUACUCCGUCAUGAUAAGGUGCCACUGUGAGAAAAACGACGCGGAAGAAGCAAAAAGAGUACUUUUUACUGUUCUUGAAAAUGGGUUUGAACCAGAUGCUGCAACCAUCACUGUUUUAAUAAAUUCCCUUUGCAAAAGAGGGAAAGUGAAGAAAGCUAUGGAGGUUUUUCGAUUCGUGGAGAGAAAGGGUUUGAAGCUUGGUGUUCAACCAUAUAACUGUUUGUUGAAAGGGCUGUCUUAUGUGGGAAGAGUUGAAGUAGCGGUUGAGAUUUUGAUGAAAAUGAAGGAGACAAAUUUGGGGGUUGAUAUUUAUUCUUAUAGUGCUGUUAUGAAUGGAUUAUGCAAAGUGGGUCGUUCGGAUGAAGCAAUGAGGUUGUUCAAUGAAGCUAUUGGAAUUGGAUUGGUGCCUAAUGUGGUUACUUUUAACGCGUUGAUUCAAGGGUAUUCGAGAGAAUGUAGACCGGUGGAGGGUGUUGGUGUUUUGAAGAUGAUGAAGGAACAUGGUUGUGUUCCUGAUUAUAUUAGUUAUAGUACUGUUUUACAUGGAUUGUUAAAGUGGAAUGAAAUUGUGGCGGCGCUUUGGAUUUAUAAGGAGAUGGUGGAGAUUGGAUUUGAGGUUGAUUUGAGGAUGAUGGGGACUUUGGUGAGGCGUUUGUGUAAGAAAUCAUGGAGGGAAAAGUGUUUGCUUGAGGAUGCAUAUGAAGUGUUUGAGAAAAUGAAAGAGAAGAGUUUAGUGGUUGAUAAGAGGACAAUUGAGGUGAUGGUUGAGGCGUAUUGUAGGGGGAAGAAAUUUGAUGAGGCUUUUGUGAGUUUGAAUGAUAUGGUUAGGUGGGGUUAUUCUCUUGAGGCGAUUGUGUUUGAGAAAGUGAUUAGAGGACUUUGUAGGCAGGGUAGAGUGGAUGAGGCAGUGUCAAGUUUGCUUCUUUUGCAUGCAAAAGGAGGGAUUCUUGAUAGAAAUUGUUUUCAGGUAUUGGUUAAGGAAGUUAAUGCACAUGGGAGAGUGUUCUGUGGUUCUUUUUUGUUUGGUCUUGCAUUGAAGCGAGGUGUUGUUCUUGUUCCAAAUAAGGAGCUGCAAGGUGAUAAAAGGUGUUAGCAAACAUUUGGGUACUCGGUCAGUGACAUUUUUCGCGUCUCAAGGGUUGUUCGCGGUGAAUUUUUCAAAGCAAACUACUUGAUGUUUCACUUCUAACGUGCAGUUUCACCGUGAUUCUUACAUUUUCCAAGCACUCUGUUAGUCAAUUCAAGCAGGCUUAAUGAUGUUGAAAUGGAUAUUGAGUUUCAUGUGAAGGGUGCAAUGAUUUGGCGUCUUGGAGACCAUACUUGCAGGCUAUGUCCAAAGUGAAUAGGAGUACAAUGGUGACUCUGCUUGUGCUCACACAGGGUUGCUUGUUGGAAACUGGAUUACUCUUAGAUUAGAUACCAAGUAUGCUUGAUUCAAUUAUUUAGCUCAUAAAGUAAGUAUGAAUAGAAACAUAAGAAGAUAUUUUGAUCAAACUGUAAAAUGAUAAAAAGGAAGGAUCAAUUUUGUAUGAAAUGUGUUCUUAUAUCAUUGAUGUGUGUGGAUAAUAUAAAUAGGAGAAGGGAUCAAAUCAGGGGGUUCUUUUAGAAAAAUAAAGGAAGUUAAUAACUAG